AUGAAGCCGAAUAAAAAAUACAACGAACCGACACGGGAUAGCGAUACUGAAAGCAUGGAAGAAGAAGAUGAAGAGGAAGAGGAGGAGGAAGAAGAGGAAGAAGAAGAAGAAGAAAAUGAAGACGAUGAAGAAGGAGCUGUGGUAAAAGAUGAAAACGAUAACGAUAAAAAUGAAGAAGAAUACGAAGAAGUAGAAGUCGAUGAGGAAGAUGAUGAUGAUGAGGAGGAGGAUGAAGAAGAAGAUGAUGAAGAGGAAGAGGAAGAGGACGAUGACGAAGAAAGCGAUUACAAUGAUAAUUUUCACGUGGAGAAAAUAAUUACUAAAAAUCAGUCGACUCCGUUAACGAAAGUUGAUGAUUCAUCACGUCGCGUACCGGAACCGGAAACGGAAAUGAAAAAGAAACGAAUAAUGACACCUCAAUAUGUUGGUGAAAAACAAAAAGGGAAAAAUAUCGAACGAUACCCGAGAGGAGGAAUUCGUAGAAAUUCAUCUGAGGAUGAUGAAAGAGAAGAAUACGAAUCCGAUGCAGAUUCAGAAGAUGAAGAAGAUGAUGAUGAUGGUGAAGAAUCCGUGGCAUCGAAAAAAGUAAUAAACAACGUCAACAACAACAAAGGAAAAUUAUCAUCGGAGAAUGGUGCGAAAGAUGAAGCAUCUUCUGAUAAAUUCAAAUGUGGUAAACCCGUCCAAAUCAUACAGUUGAAAGAUGAUCACGUUUUCGAACUCGACGAAGAAGCUUUGGAAAGUAUUUUGAUGCAAGAACACGUCAAGGAUAGGUACAUAGUCGUGGUGUCCGUCGCGGGCGCGUUCAGAAAGGGAAAAUCAUUUUUGUUGGAUUUUUUUUUACGUUACAUGAGAACGAAGUACGUUCUUCAUCAGGGAGAUACCGAUUGGCUCGGAUCCGCCGACAGACCUUUGGAUGGUUUUUCGUGGCGCGGAGGAUGCGAACGUGACACGACGGGCAUUCUUUUAUGGUCCGAAGUUUUUUUGACAGAUUUACCGAACGGCGAUAAGGUGGGAGUCGUUUUGAUGGACACACAGGGAGCUUUCGAUUGCGAGAGCACGGUUCGAGAUUGUGCAACGGUUUUCGCUUUGAGCACGAUGAUAAGUUCGCUACAAAUAUAUAAUUUGUCACAUAACAUACAGGAAGAUGAUUUGCAACAUCUUCAGUUAUUUACCGAAUAUGGAAAAUUGGCAUUGGAGGACAUAAAGGAAAAACCAUUUCAACGUUUGCAAUUUCUCGUUCGUGAUUGGAGUUUUCCAUACGAGGCUCCGUACGGCGCGGAAGGCGGACAAAAAAUAUUAACGAGACGUUUAACCGUUUCCGACAAGCAACAUCCCGAACUUCAAUCCCUAAGGAAACACAUAAAUUCUUGUUUCACGGACAUAUCGUGCUAUUUAAUGCCGCAUCCGGGUCUCAAAGUUGCGACAAGUCCGACUUUCGACGGAAGACUAUCCGAUAUAGAAAACGAUUUUAAAAAAUGCCUUUCCCAGUUGGUGCCUAUGCUUCUCGCUCCUGAAAAUUUGAUUAUAAAACAAAUAAGCGGUCAAAAAGUGAAAGCGAAAGAACUCGUACAGUAUUUCAAAACAUACACGAACAUGUACAAAGGAAACGAACUUCCGGAACCCAAAUCAAUGUUGAUGGCGACAGCAGAAGCGAAUAAUUUGGCCGCCGUGGCCACGGCCAAAGAAACAUAUCAGAAUCUAAUGGAGGAAAUUUGCGGAGGAACGAAACCCUACGUCAACACUCAACGUUUGGAAAGCGAACAUUAUAAAAUCAAACACAAAGCCGUCGUUCAAUUCACUUCGAAAAGGAAAAUGGGAGGAAAAGAAUUUUCCGAACAGUAUAGGGAAAAAUUAGAAACGGAUUUAGACGAAUUGUUGGAACAGUUUAGAGCACACAACGAAAGCAAAAACAUAUUCAAAGCUGCCAAAACUCCGGCCGUGUUCUUCGUAUUGGCCAACAUAUUUUACUUGCUCUCGGCAUUGUUCGGAUUUUUCGAAAUGUAUUCGGCUGCAAAUUUUUGCAAUUUACUCAUGGGAAUGUCGUUCAUUUCCCUGGGAACGUGGGCAUACGUUCGGUUCAGCGGAGAUUUCGUAGGAAUAGGAAAAACUUUGGACAAUAUCGCGUUAACCGUUUGGGAAUUCUUUCUCAAACCGUUAUAUCAGAAAUUAAUGGGUCGAAGAUUAGAAGAAGCAGCUUUUAACGCAGCAAAGACGGCCGCGGCAAGUUUGGCAGGGUCAGCUUUGGCAAAUGGAAAAUCAUCGUGA